AUUUGUCUGGAAAUAAUUAAAAUGAUAUAACGUUUAUUCAAGAAAACAACUAGGUGUUCGUUUACGAUGAAGUUUUUGAUUACUAUCUUGGCUGUCGUUCUGGUAGGUUGCACCACAACGAGAGCUGAAAUUACGAAACCAUCAGGUCAAAAUCUUAUUAGAUAUGUAGGCCAAUUACUUGGAAAAUGCUUUCAAAACCAAAGCAAUGCAGAAGAUCAGAUAUACACGGGAAACAAUAUAUUGGAAGUUUUAAACGCACAAGCUGGGGUUGACCUUUUUCUACCAACACAAAAUGGUAUAAAAAUCAAUGCUGAUAUUUUUGCUACAAUACUUAGUGAUUGUAUUCAACCCUCCUUAGAAGGGCAAGGUACUACACCAAUUCGCAUAAAUAAACGAGAUGUGACUCCAGUUCUUACUGCUCUUUUAUAUGACCAAGAAAUGAGUGUUCAAGAUAUUGACAUGUUCGUCUAUUCCAGACAAUUAAAUCCGAGGUAUAGAAGGGAUCUAGCAUUUCCAUUUAAUAUAUUUCAAGAUGUAAUUGCUAACAUUAUCUUGCAACCACUAAUUACUCAUGUAAACUCAAUUUUUGAUGGUAUUGAUACACUCAUUCUUUCUUAUUACGUCGAUCCUACAACCAUAAAAGAUCCGAUUCAAAGCAUUGUUAUUAGCACUAUCAACAACGCAGUUCAAACAGUUUCAGGCAUUAUAAAAAGCAUUAAAGCCCAAAUUGCCGAAUUAUUUUCGUCUGUAAUCAACGAAGGAACUUCUACGACUACAGCAACGAUCCAAGCUAAAAGUACAGGCUUGCAAACAAGAGAUACGUUUUCUGAUGUUAUAGAAAAUUUGCUCGUCAAGCCUUUAAGGGAUAUUGUAAAUAGUAUUCUGCAAACCCUUAGAGAUAUUAUUAAUUCUUUUUCAGUUCAAGAAAAAUCUGAUAAUCCAAUACAAAACGUUAUUAACGAAUUGACUAAUAGCAUUACUUCCAUAUUCCUGCAGCUUAUAGAUAAUGUACAAAAACAAGUUGAUUCAAUUUUAGGAACUUCAACGAGCUCAGUAGCUGUAUAAACCAGUCUUUUAUUAUUUAUAGUUAAUAAAUAUUUUUUGAUUGUUGCAAUAAAUAAAAUGUUUAAAACGU